AUGAAAAGUCUGAAAGCAAAGUUUAAAAAGACAGAGAGUCAGGACUGGAGUAAAAGUGAUGAGAGGCUCCUGCAGGCUGUGGAGCAGAAUGAACCGGAUAAAGUCUCGGCCCUCAUUGUCAAAAAAGGCCUGUGUCCCACCAAGCUGGAUGCUGAGGGCAAGUCGGCCUUUCAUCUGUGUGCAUCCCGAGGUCGCCUGGACUGUCUGGAGGUCAUCAUCUCACACAGAGCAGACGUCAACAUCAUCGACGGGGCUGGUUUCAGUGCGCUUCACCUCGCAGCCAAAAACGGACAGUCAGACUGCCUAAAGAGACUGUUGCAGGAGAGGAUGUCAGUAGAUUGCGCUGACAGCAUUGGCAGGACGGCCCUUCAUCAUGCAGCGGUCAGCGGCUGCUCGUCCUGCACAGAGACUCUGUGGGACUUUAAAGCCAAUCUGGACGUCCAGGACAGUGACGGAGCCACGCCUCUGAUCUUAGCCGCCCAGAUGAGCAGAGUGGAGCUGUGUGUCUUCCUGUUGGGUCGAGGUGCCAAUGCAAACAUACAGGACAACCAGGGAAGGUCUGCGUUGAUGCUGGCCUGUGAGAGCGACAGCGUGGAGACUGUGGAGGUUCUGCUGCGAGGCGGCGCCAACACACAGCUUGUCGACACGCUGGGACACAAAGCGUCCGACUACAGCACGACCACAGGAAACCAGCGCAUCAUUCAGAUGCUGCAGGAUGGAAUCCCUUCAGGCGCCUCAUCAGUGCAAGGGGGGACCACCCCCCGCAAACGGAAAGCUCCUCCGCCGCCACGCUCGCCUCUGCAGGGUUUGCCGCCCUCCCCACAGCCCAGUCCAGACCCUCCAGCUCAGUCCCCUGAGCCCCAGCCGUCACCUUCUCCUUCUCCACAGCCUCCAGACUCCCAGGCAUCCGCCCAGGGUGAAGAUGAGGAGGUGUUUGAGGAGAUCCGACGGCUUCGCCUGGAGAGAGGCCGUCUGCUCCAGAAGAUUAAAGCCUUGGAGCAGCAGCAUCAGAGCGCCCUCUCUGCCUUGGAGGAGUUGUCCCAACUGAAGCAGCGUCUAGCGGAGGCCGAGGCAGAAAGAGACCGGCUGCUGGAGGAGCUGAAGGGGGCUCAUGGAGUCGGGGCCAGUGACUCUGAGGACAUGGAUGAAAUGUUGGACUUCCCAGAAAAGCUGCUCUCGAAGCGCUCCAGAGCUGCUCAGGAUGAGGACACUCCUCAAGCGGACUCAGCCGGCCCCCCUCCUGCCCCUGGAGACCCAGGAACUGUUGCUGAGCUGCGCAAACAAAUAGAGGAGCUUACCUCCCAGAACUCUGAACUGGUUCUUAAAGUGCAGAUGCUGGAGAUGUUUGAGAAGGACGACACAGACAUGCAGACCUCCAGUUCUGACUUUGUCCCCAUAGCUCAGUAUGAGACCCUGAGGAGGGAGUUUGAAGCCCUGCAGGAGCGCCUCUCUCAGGCCCAGGCGUCAGAUGAAGCCUCCAGUGUGGCAGAAACACAAGGUGAUGAGAAAGAAGGAGGUGCAGAUGCAGAGACCACAGAAGCUCUUAAGGAGAAGCUGCGUGGGCUGGAGGAGCAGCUGGCCUCUUCCCAGUCUGAGCUGGAGGAGCUGAAGGAGCAGAUGCGCCUCGGGGUGCUUUCUGUGGAGUGCGGUGAAGGAGAUCCUGCAGCAGCAGGUGCAGGGGCUUCAGACGACGGUCCGAGCCAGGAGGCGCAGCAGCUGAGAGCCAGGGUGGCGGAGCUGGAGGAGGAGCUUGCUAAGAGGCAGGGCGAGGCUGGGGGUCAGAGCGGCCCAGAGAGUGACACAAUCAAACAGCUGACAGGGAAAGUCGAAGAGCUGCAGGCUGCACUGGCCCAGAAGGAGUCUCCGAAAGAGGAAGAGGAGGCAGAAGGAGGAGAAACAGUGAAGUGCCUUCGUGACAAAGUCUCUGAGUUGGAGGCAGCCCUGGCAGAAAGCAGGACGUCAGGGAACGAGGGAGGAGCAGCCGGGGACGGGGGUCAGGUUCGUCGCCUUCAGGAGCGCCUGGGCGAGCUGGAGGGGGAGCUGAGGAAGUGUGUUCCCCGAUCGGAGCUGGAGGAGGUGCAGGUGACUCUGGGGCUCCAGUGUGAGCAGCUGGCGAGGGAGAGGGCAGAUGUGGCCAGAAGGCUCAACGAUGCUCUCCUGGAGCUGGAGCGGCUCAGGCCUCCACGUGGAGAUGAGGAGGAGGAGGAUGAGGAGGAGGAGGAGCGUUCAGAGAGCUCAGAGCGUUCAGCCAUAUCAGAGCACUCCAGACGCAGCUUGGCGGCGGUGAGGGAAGAACUGGAGGUCGCCCGGCAGGAAGCAGCUCAGGCCCUGGACUGUCUGUGCGCUGAGCGGGAAGGCCGGGCGCAGGAUGCCCUGCAGCUGAAAGACGCCGUGCCAUUCUCCAAACAUAAGGAGGCGCUGUCUGCGGUGUCGGAGCAGCUGGCUCAGACGCUGCAGGAGCUCCAGGAGGAGAAGAACCUUCGGGGCCAAGCUGAGGAGCAGGCGGCUGCACUGGAGGCCAAGCUGGAGGCCAUGCAGGACGCUGUUCCCAAAGAGGAGCAUGAGAACGUCAAGGCGGAGCUGCAGCGCUCCCUGCAGGCCAGCGAGAGCAGUGCAGCGGCAGCUCAGGACGCUCUGACUGAGAAGGAGAUGGAGCUGAGAGAGCUGAAAUCCCAGAAGGCCGCUGAACAGGGUCUGAUCUCUAAGGAGGACCACGAGGCUCAGCGGCUCUCUCUGCAGGCUGAGAUCAACGCCAUCACGGCCCGAUUCAACGAUCUGACUCGCAAACAUGAGAAGACCUGCACUGAGGUGUUCCAGGUGCAGAGGGAGGCGCUCUUCAACAAGAGCGAGCGGCAGGUCGCAGAGUCUCAGCUGGUCACGGUGCAGCAGCAGCUCAGUGAGCUACAGGCCCAGUCCAGCCACAUCCAGGAGCUCCACAAGGGCAUCCAGGAGUCCCAGGGCCUGGUCAAGGAGAAGGACCGCAAGAUAACGGAGCUGUCAAAGGAGGUGUUCCGGCUAAAGGAGGCCCUGGGGGCUCUUUCACCUCCUCUCGGCAUCACCUCCUCCUCGUCUUCUUCAUCCGUCCAUCACGGUAACCCUGGACAGCAAGUGGCCCUGCAGAACAGGAUAGGAAUACUCACCCAGCAGCUGCAGGACUGGGAGAGGAAACACAAACAGGUGGUGACUGUAUACCGCUCCCAUUUACUGGCGGCUGUACAGGGUCGUAUGGAUGAAGAGGUGCAGCAUCUGUUGCUUCAGAUCCUGAGGAUGACGCAGCAGGGACACUGAGCUCUGCCUGCAGCUUCCUCUUCGUCUUCAGCGUUACGUAGCUGCUCGAUCACAGCAGCCUGUGGGACCAGAAUGGUAAAGUCCAAAAAGCCAAAUACAACCCAUCUGUGGUCAGACAUACAGUAGCCGCAUGCGUACCAUAUAGUAACCUAAACCACAGCCUUCAGGCUCGACCCAGAACCAAACGGUGAAGCAGCAGAACGUGGAGUGCCUUCCUUAUGUGUCAGGGCUUCGUGGAUGUGGAUGCAGAGUGGUUGUUUAGACAUCAGGUGAACUGACUGUGUGAAAAAGCCUCUCGAUUUUGUAUGACGUUCUUAUAAUAAAAAGGAAAACAAUAGUUG